GCACAUGCGCUGUUCUUGUGGAUGAGCCGGUGUAUCAUGGCGACAUACGUGGAUAUUCUGAAGAGCGAGUUUCCCGAAAUUGACACCGAAGUGUUCGAAUAUAUCACGGGUGUGUUGGACUGUGGAGGGGCGGAGUUUGAGGAUGGAGAGGAGGUGUAUGAUGCGAUUGGUGGGCUGCUGCAGGGGUCAUCGGCUGACUGUAAAAACGAGGAUGACAUCCGGGACAUCUGUCAGCAGAUGUUCAACACUCUUAAACUGAGUAACGGCCAUGCCGCUUCAAAGCAAGUGCUGCUCGACACGCCGGUGCAGUUGUCUCAGAUAUCUGCAGAGUGUGUAUCUGCCACUAACGACGUCCAAGGGAUCUGGAUGAUGAAGAGGGGCCAGAAUACAACUGUGGAUGCGAGGAAGCUGGAGAAGGCCGAAGCCAAGCUGAAGCAAAAACAAGGGAGGAGGAAUGAACGGGAUUCGCAAAAAACAACUAGUCCACUGGUACUGGAGGAGGCAUCAGCCAGCCAGGCCAGUAGCAAAAAGGACAGUCGCGUUGACUUGUCCGGGAAGAAUCGCACCUACGACAUCCGCAUCGAGAACUUUGACGUGUCGUUUGGCGAGCGGUCCUUGCUGCAGGGAGCGGAGCUGUCUCUGUCGACAGGUCGCCGCUACGGCCUGAUUGGCCGCAACGGCCUGGGGAAGACCACGCUACUGAAGAUGCUGGCGAGCCGCAGCCUGCGCGUCCCCGCCCACAUCACGAUCCUGCACGUGGAGCAGGAGGUCGCUGGCGAUGACACAGGGGCGCUGCAGAGCGUGCUCGAGAGCGACACGGUCCGGGAGGGGCUCCUGACGGAGGAACGCCUGCUGAAUGCGCGCAUCGCCAACGGAACCGCUGAAGGAAUGGAGACUGUUCGACUGUCGGAGAUCUAUGCUAAACUGGAGGAGAUUGAAGCAGACAAAGCACCUGCCCGAGCUUCAAUCAUCCUAUGUGGUUUAGGUUUUUCUCCCAAAAUGCAAACGCUGACAACCAAGGAGUUUUCUGGAGGGUGGCGAAUGAGAUUAGCUCUGGCUAGAGCUCUCUUCGCCAAGCCUGAUCUUUUGUUACUUGAUGAGCCCACCAACAUGUUGGACGUCCGAGCCAUUCUUUGGCUGGAGAAUUACCUGCAGACCUGGCAGACCACCAUCCUGGUGGUGUCCCACGACCGGAACUUCCUCAACGCCGUGGUGACUGACAUCAUCCACCUGCACUCGCAGCGGCUGGAGAGUUACCGCGGCGACUACGAGAACUUUGUCAAGACCAAAGAGGACCGCCUGAAGAACCAGCAGAGGGAGUACGAAGCCCAGUUUCAGUACAGAGAGCACAUCCAGGUGUUUAUCGACCGGUUCAGAUACAACGCCAACAGAGCAGCACAGGUGCAGAGUAAACUGAAACUGUUAGAAAAACUGCCGGAACUCAAACCCCUGGAGAAGGAAACCGAAGUCACCUUAAAGUUCCCUGAUAACUUUGAGAAGCUGUCUCCCCCGGUGCUCCAGUUGGAUGAGGUGGAGUUCUACUAUAACACUGACCAGCGCCUCUUCACACAGCUGUCUGUGUCUGCAGACCUGGAGUCUCGCAUCUGCAUCGUGGGUGAGAACGGGGCGGGUAAAUCCACCAUGCUCAAGCUACUGAUGGGAGAGUUAACGCCUGUCAACGGCAUCAGACACGCCCACCGGAACCUGAAGAUCGGUUAUUUCAGUCAGCAUCACGUGGAUCAACUGGACCUCAACGUGUGUUCAAUUGAGCUGCUACUCAACAAAUUCCCAGCCCCAACUUCUAUAUCCUUGACGAGCCGACCAAUCACCUGGACAUGGAAACGAUCGAGGCUCUAGCGAAAGCCCUCAACAAAUUCAAAGGUGGAGUGGUCCUUGUCUCUCACGACGAGCGUCUGAUCCGGCUCGUGUGCAGAGAGCUGUGGGUCUGUGAGCACGGGAACGUGCGGCGAGUGGAUGGGGGCUUCGACGAGUACCGGGAUAUCUUGCAAGAACAGUUCCGCAAGGAGGGCUACCUGUGAGGGGCAACUCACCCAUUACGCCAACUAUGACAGUCAUGCCAAGUUGCCAAUUGACUUCAAUAACCUAAAGCCCCCCCACUCUUCACUCCCUGACUGCCAAUCAUCAUCCUCAGGGGGAGAACUGAGUUUAACUGGCUACUGUCCCGGCAUCCUCUCUGCUCCCCCACACUACCGUUUUUGUUUUGUUUGUGAUUUAGUUUGGCCCGGCAGUUCAAAGUGGCAUACUCUUGUCUUAUUGUCCUGAAGCAGACAAGUUUUAGGGUACAUGGAGGGUACAAAAUCUGUCCACAUGGAAUGUCGAUUGUGUGUGUACUCCGAAACUGCUCCGGCCUUGCCACUCCCAACCUUCCUGAUCAUAAUAGUUUGAGCUGAUUUGGUUCACUUAACAUCAAGGAGGAUAUUCCAUCCUGUGAAGGUGGGGGUGUUGUACCCUCUAACUGUUAACCCCAUGUGGGCAGCCAUCUUGGAAUAACGUUACAUCCUUUUAGAUCAUUAAUAUCAGUGAAGGGAUGAAUAUGUAUUUUUCUCUCCAUUUCUUCAUCCAUGUUGAAUAUGUGUGUGAUUGAGUGCGAGAGGAUACAUUUCAAGUGAUAUGGGAUGAUGUUUCUCCUGAACAUGUGUGCUCGUGAUGGAGAGGGAUCAUCUCUUAAUCAGUGGAACCUCGGGCUGAGCUGAAAUGGCACCCUGUUCCCUACAUAGUGCAGUAUUUUGGGAAUUAGCCAAAAGUGCACCAUAGCGUCAUUUCAGACACCCCUGGUCGUGUUCAUUGGGCACCAAACAGAAGAAAACAGUCUGAAACUGAGGGACUACGUGGUCUUGUUCAUUAAUUAGAAACGCUCCUUUUCUGUUCCAAAUGUUUUCUGUGGCGUUCCCUAAUGAACACGAUCCUAGGAAACAUCCAUAUGUGUUAGCAUGGGAACCCACCAGCACAACAACUUGUACAACAGCAGCAGCUGGCGCCAGGUCUCUUGGGAAGAAGCAGCAGUAUCUCCAAGUAAAGAGGGGUAUUAUUAUAAAUAUAUAUAUAUACACACAUCUUAAAGACUAUCAGAAUAAAAAACGAAAUUCCUUCCUCUUCAACGUUAUAUCGCUAACUUAUAAAUAGCUGUUUAAAGAACUAUUCAAUCAUAACACCAUGCCAAUAAAAAAAGCUUUAAUCA